UGAUCCUUAGUUUCUUCAUAAACAAAGAGAAUUACAUCCUCAAAGGGGCCACAGUGUUGCUUAGUAACAAUAAAUGUCUGGUUUUACCGUUUCUUGUAGUUCAUCUUGGAGCUAAACUUUAAUAUCGAUACUUAGCUUAAGGUUUACACCUCAGGGGAGCAAAGUGUUCACUUCAAACAGGUAGGCUUAAGUCCUGAAGACCCACUAGGCAUUACUUCUCCUAUAAAACAUCAGAUUUAUCCUUCACUAGCAGGCCCAUAAUAACAAAAAGGAUUAGGAACUUUGAAGCAGCGUAAACCUGUCAUAACAUGACUUCGGCACCUGCUAUGAGACAACAACGUUCGACUGCCAGCUACAGUUCUGUAGUACUGAAAGAGAACUCAACAAUUUCUGCAGGUGCCUACCUCACCCAGGUGGUGCAUCUGAGUAAUGCCACUCUUCGCUUUGAAAUAUGGGACACGGCAGGCCAGGAAAAAUACCACAGCGUCACUCCGCUGUACUACAGGGGAGCCCACGUAGCACUUUUGGUCUAUGAUAUCACGCAAAGGGAAACAUUUGUCAGAGCUCAGGUGUGGCUCAAAGAGCUCGAGAAACAGUACAUACCAGGAUCUACUGUUAUAUGGCUGGUAGGCAACAAAGGAGAUCUGGCUCACGAUCGGCAAGUGCCACUGGAGGAAGGAGAAAGUCUAGCCAGUAACAAGGGCUUGUACUUCAUUGAGACCUCAGCCCUCUCUGGAGAGCAAGUCAAUGAGCUGCUGCAGUCUGUAGCCCACAGAGUGUUCGAGUGCAUUGGAGCACAGCAGGGAGGUCUGACAGAGUGGCAGGAGACGCCGACUGUGGAUCUGCGCCACAGAGACUCAUUCAGUCUGUUUGCAUCCUGCUGCAAAGUUGGACCUUAAGCUGUGUGACUGCCAGUGGCUUGGCUGCCUGUUUCUGUUGUGUCUUUCUGUUUGUCUUAAUUAUUUCAAAGCUAGGAUACGUAACACGACAAUAAAAUGCUUGUGGAUUUUGGAAUUUGUGGUCCUCUUCCCUUUUUGAUUCUGACUCCGGUUACCAGAGCACAAAAUGCUGUUUAUCCUGAAACAUGCCUUAGAUUAACCCAAGAAUACAGUUUCAGUUUGUUUUAUUUCACUGUCAUAUUCAGUAAACUGGUUCGUCUGAUUCUUCUCAGUGGGCUUGGGAUCAGCCUCCAGCAGGCAGUAAACCCCCUCAGCCUAUCUGCGUGCCAGAUGUUGAACUGGCACCGAUUACCUCCACUCUGUGUUUUCUUGCCUGGUUACUUUUGGCAUGCAAUCACACUGGAAUGGAGAUCCCCCAGCAGAGUUCAUUUGAGUGUGGUUUGCACAAUAGAGGUAAUUAUUACAGUAUUAUGAAGUAGAGUAUUUCAGUAAUCUAAAACUUUGAAUGCUGCAGGGUGAAUGAAUC